CGUCGCGCUCGCAAGCCCCCGGUCGGCCGCACAUUCUCCGCGCUCCGAACCGCCGCCGCCUGCGCCGCCACCGCCGCCGCCGGCCCGACUCGGACGCGUGGCCGCGGAGGCUCCUCGGGCGGGAACUUCCGUCCGCCUGCCUUACAGACGAGAGAGACAUCCCCACCAGCCAGUCAGGCCCUCCCCCGCCUCCCUGCCGCAGGAUGGGCGAGUUCGGCGAGAAGACGACGACAUGUGGCACCGUCUGCCUCAAGUACUUGCUCUUCACCUUCAACUGCUGCUUCUGGCUGGCUGGUCUGGCCGUCAUGGCCGUGGGCAUCUGGACACUGGCCCUCAAGAGCGACUACAUCAGCCUGCUGGCCUCGGGUACCUACCUGGCCACAGCCUACAUCCUGGUGGUGGCGGGCGCUGUCGUCAUGGUGACCGGGGUUCUGGGCUGCUGCGCCACCUUCAAGGAGCGGAGGGACCUGCUGCGUCUGUACUUCACCCUGCUCCUCGUUAUCUUCCUGCUGGAGAUCAUCGCGGGAGCCCUGGCCUACGUCUACUACCAGCAGCUGAACGCAGAGCUCAAGGAGAACCUGAAGGACACCAUGACCAAGCGGUACCAUCAGCUGGGCCACGAGGGUGUGACCAGCGCUGUGGACAAGCUGCAGCAGGAGUUCCACUGCUGUGGCAGCAACAACUCGCAGGACUGGCGGGACAGCGAGUGGAUCCGCUCGGGCGAGGCAGGCGGCCGCGUGGUCCCUGACAGCUGCUGCAAGACCGUGGUGGCCGGCUGCGGGCAGCGCGACCACGCCUCCAACAUCUACAAGGUGGAGGGCGGCUGCAUCACUAAGCUGGAGACGUUCAUCCAGGAGCACCUGAGGAUCAUCGGGGCCGUGGGCCUCGGCAUCGCCUGCGUGCAGGUGUUUGGCAUGAUCUUCACGUGCUGCCUGUACAAGAGCCUGAAGCUGGAGCACUACUGAUCCUGCCCGCGGGCCGGCCCUCCAUGUGCACUGCAGCUUCUUGCCACGCGUUGACUACUGACGGCCAGGGAGCUGCGGUCCAGCACGGGGCCCCACCCUUUGCGUGCCAGGGUCUCCCCCUGGUGUUCUCAUGCCUGGGCCCCCCCUGCCCCCCGCACUGUGCCAUCACCGUGACCUCUGGGGAGCCCCAAACCCCGGAGGCAGCUUCAAGUGCCUUUAGCUGCACACCAAAGUCCCAAGGCCUGGGGUCGGCCCCACCUGUCUGCCUGUCUGCUGGGCUGGGUGGGUGGGUGGGGGCCGGGGUUGUGGCCUCGGGUUGCUCCCUGAGGCCUGGGUUCAGUCAGAGGGGCCGAGUUGGGCAGCAAUGGGCUGGCCCAGCGGGGAGCCGGUCGGCAGCAGGUGAGGAGCCCCGUGUGCCUGCCCUCAGGCCCCUCAGGUACUGGGGGCUUCUCCUUAAGCAAGCCACCUCCAGCCCCUGGAGAAAACCAAGCAAGAGUUCUCCCAGGGCCAAGCCUCUGCCGCUCCCCCCGCUGUGUUCCCGCUGCUCUCACCACCGUCUAGAGGCCUUGCAUCACUAGUUCACUGCUGUCACCUCUUCCCUGGAGGCAGGCGUCCUGCAGGUUUUAUUCACUGCCGCCUGACGAUGCCUAGGACUGCUCUUGCUGUGUGGUAGGUGCUCAAUAAACGUCUGUGGAGCGGA